UAAAAGCCGUCCGCCCGCGCUGCACAUCGUAUCAUAGUCAUAUACUCAUUUUGGCUCGUUCAAAAUUAAUCAACUGCCCACGCAAGAGCAAAGGCUCUUACCCAUGGCCGAAGUUUUUGGUCCUUUCGGUCUCUGUUUCGGAGCCCUAAGUUUUAUUUUGAGCACCACCCCAACUGUUGUAGAGACUGCACAGACCUGGCUAGAGUCCAAUGAGCAUUUUCAGAUAUAUAAUUUCCGCCACGCUUCUUGCGAGUCAAAUUACCGCAAGGGAUAGAUAGAGACGUUGCGAAUUGGAAAUAUAUCGCUAGCGUUAAUAUCGAACAACGCUUCUUGAUUUCUCAGCCUCCGAAGAAUGAACACUUCCAACCUCGCAUCCGCCACCAUAAAGAUGAUC